UGAAUGAGCAGAUAAGGAAAGGAUCAGAUCAAGACAUGGUGUCAGACUUUGACCGUAGCCGCGAGCAAGAGAGUGGGAAACACGGCGCUGAUCCCUCGGCCUCUCGCCGGCUCCUGACGUCUCCUGGUUUAGACAUGAAGAUUGAGUUUGCUCCGGCUGAUGUGCCUCUGGUUCGGAGGCUCCAGACGGCUUCCGUUCUGCAAUGGGUCUUCUCAUUCCUGGCUCUUGCGCCCUGCUGUAUUCUCCUGUUCUUCAUCCUGCUCUUCACCCGUUUCUGGCUCAUCAGUGUGCUUUAUGCCACCUGGUGGUACAUCGACUGGGACACACCUUCACGAGGAGGGAGAAAAGUGCCAUAUCUCUGCAAACUGCGUGUGUGGGAGUACAUGAGAGAUUAUUUUCCCAUCAGGCUGAUGAAGACGGCUGACCUGGACACUAGGAAGAACUAUGUGAUGGGUUUCCAUCCUCACGGUAUUCUCGUGGCUGGUGCUUUUACAAAUUUCUGCACGGAGGCGACAGGAUUUAGCAAAGUCUUCCCUGGGAUGAAGAGCUACCUUCUCAUGCUGCCUCUCUGGUUCAGAGCCCCCUUCUUCAGAGACUACAUCAUGUCAGCAGGGCUGGUUCCAUCAGACAAGGAGAGUGCCAGUUAUCUGCUCAGGAGGAAGGGUGGAGGGAAUGUGGUGGUCAUUGCAGUCGGUGGAGCUCCUGAGGCUUUGGAUGCCCAUCCUGGUGACUAUACUGUUCAUCUGGCCAAUAAGAAGGGCUUCAUUAAGCUUGCAAUAGAGCAUGGUGCAGAUUUGGUUCCUAUAUAUUCGUUCGGAGAGAACGAGGUGUUUGACCAGGUGCAGAAUCCUCGUGGCACAUGGCUGCGAUACAUUCAAGAGCGCCUGCAGCGCAUCAUGGGUGUUUCUCUGCCUCUCUUUCAUGCGCGGGGAGUUUUCCAGUACACCUUCGGCCUAAUGCCCUACAGAAAGCCCAUCAACACUGUGGUGGGUAGGCCAAUUCCAGUGGAGAAAAAUGAGAAACCAACAGCAGAAGAAUUGGACGUCUAUCAUCAGCGCUAUAUGGAUGAACUGGCACGGCUCUUCGAGGACCACAAAGGAAAUUAUGGAGUACCUGAAGACACUCAUCUGGUGUUCCAGUGAGAUGUUCACUAAUGAUGAUGAUGAGUGUGUGUGUGUUUGUGUUUGUACCUUGCAUUUCUUACAUUGUGAGGAAUCAAAUGUCCCCAGAUGUAUAGCAAUACCAUCACAUUUGACCUUGUGGGGACAUUUGUUUGGUUCCAAUGUGGAAAAUCACACAGAAUUGAGUAUUUUGAAAAUGUCAAAAUGCAGAUUGUUUCCUGUGAGGGUUGGGUUUAGGGGUAGGGGGAUAAAAUAUACACAGUAUAAAGAUCAUUACAUCUAUCGGAAGUCUCCAUAAAGAUACAGUGCAUCCGGGAAGUAUUCAUAGCGCUUCACUUUUUCACAUUUUUUUGUUACAGCCUUAUUCUAAAAUGGAUUAUAUUAAUUUAUUUCCUCAAUUCUACACACAAUACCCCAUAAUGACAAUGUGAAAAAAGAUUAUUUGAAAUUCUUACAAAUUUAUUAAAUAAAAAACCUGAAAAAAAAAUCAGAUGUACAUAAGUAUUCACAGCCUUUGCUCAAUUCUUUGUUGAUGCACUUUUGGCAGCAAUUACAGUCUCAAGUGUUUUAGAAUAUGACGCCACAAGCUUGGCACACCUGUCUUUGGGCAUUUUUGCUCAUUCCUCUUUGCAGUACCUCUCAAGCUCUAUCAGGUUGAAUGGAAAGCGACGGUGUACAGCCAUUUUCAGAUCACUCCAGAGAUGUUCAAUAGGAUUUAGACGUGGGCUCUGGCUGGGCCACUCAAGGACAUUCACAGAGUUGUUGUGAAGCCACUCCAUUGUUAUUUUGGCGGUGUGCUUUGGGUCAUUGUCCUGCUGGAAGAUGAACCUUCGCCCCAGUCUGGGGUCAAGAACACUCUGAAGCAGGUUUUCAUUCAGGAUGUCUCUGUACAUUGCUGCAUUCAUCUUUCUCUCUAUCCUGACUAGUCUUGCAGUUCCUGCUGCUGAAAAACAUCCCUAACAGCAUGAUGCUGCCACCAUCAGGCUUCACUGUAGGGAUGGUAUUAGCCUGGUAAUAAGCGGUGCCUGGUUUUCUUCAAGAGUCCUGGUGGUUCCAAACAUCUUCCACUUACGGAUGAUGGAGGCCACUGUGCUCAUUGGAACUUUAAGAGCAGCAGAAAUGUUUCUGUAACCUGUAACAUAAACAAUUUGGAAAAAGUGAAGUGCUAUGAAUACUUUCCGGAUGCACUGUAGCUGUACAAGUUUGUGCAUGUGUGUAUAGUUUAUUGCCAGCUUUUAAACCAUGAUUAUUUUUGUAGAUAUAUCAACUGUUGAAUGUACCAUCAACAUUUUAUUUCCUGAUAAAUGACUGAAUUACAGUUACAGUCAUACUUUGGAUAUACUUAACAGGUUUUAGUCACAUCUGUCUGAUGCAGUCUGACUUAUUUAAAAGGAUAGUUCAUCCAAAAUACUAAAUUUGGUCAACAUUUACUCACGUUUACUUUUUCCCAUAGAUAUAUACACACUAGAUAUCGCAUACGAACCCUGAGCAUGCGUCAGUAGCGGCGCCACAUUUGUACAGUGCUCCCAGGACAAAAGUCAUUCAACCGCACUAGUCAAGAUUAAAGCAAAUCUGAAGAUGUUUGACUGUAGUGCGGCAUACGGGUGUAGUAACGAGGAACUAAAAAAAACAAAGCACAAAUGCAGAACAAAUUUAUUGGUAAGAUUGUUUUUUACGUUUUUGUAUGUUACAAACUUUUUUUUUUGUAUGUUAAACAAGUAACGUUAUUGAUGAUAAUACAGUCUCUUACUGCACUGACCAUAGUCAAAGUGGCACCAACUUAAACUAAAUUCUUGGCUAAAAUCAGUAAACAAUGUAGAUGAAAUAUGACAACAAGAUCCUGCGGUGCUAGAAACUUGUAUUAUUGUCGGCUAAGUAAACGAGUCGUUCAUAACGGGGAUUCAUUCACAAACGAAUUGCUCCUUCCGUUAGAAUGAGAAGUGAAAGCCGGAGAGGGGGUGUGUUUCAUGGAUUAGAUCAAAUUUAACAGGGAGGGAGGAUAAUACAUUUCCUACCACACAAACACACGCUCUCUGUCGGGAAUGCCUGUGCGAUAAUAUUUUCAUAAUUAAAAAAAAUAUUUGCA